AUGCCUCUGGACAUCAACUCGUUGCUCAACCCUGAGAAAUCCGUCAACCGUGAGACGGAGGCCCUCAUGAUGUUCACAAGCAUAUUUGAUGAAUUCAGAAAGACAUUUCCGAGGCACAGUCAAAAGGAGGGCGAAUUGGCGUACAUGGCGGACGUUACGAUGCACGUAUUCGAUGCCUUCAAGAGGUUUACCGACGACUACCUGACAAAGGAUCGCUUGGAAUCGACAGGGCACAAUCUUGUAGACCAGGCAUACCGCGCCAAUGGGUUCAACGACAUGGGCAUCCUCGAAUUUGCGAAAACUCAACACAAAAUGCUCAACAACAUGAAGAAUGAGAUCAACAACGGUGCAGCCAAUCUGAAGACUAUCAGAGAUCGCGCGUCUCCACAACAAAACAGAUGUCCUCCAGAAUAUAGACAAUACCCUUUGGCUUCGGAUUCCAGCUCUAGGUCGUCAUUUUCCCAUUUAGGAUCGCGUUCAACAACGGGGUUUUCUGCGGUGGGAUCUCAGGCAUCUUUUUCUGACAGCUCACGCACCUACCACCCGUCUGAUGGCGACAGACGAUCAACAAGCCCGCCAUCUCCACUUGACGAGGAGGAGGACGACGACGACGAGGUAGCAGAUGCGGACGACUCGGACGACAGGAAUUCGAACCGCGUAGACAUGGACUCUCUUCGACACAGAGGCAAGGGCGAGUACAGAUGCCCGUACUGGAGGACGUGUCAAAAAGGGGGCCAAAAUAUUAACGGAGGGCCCAAAAUCUUUCACCGCAACUGCAUGUACAGGUAA